UAACAAUGCAUCAACUGCUGUAUUAAAAAAACAACUACAAGAUCACACCUAUCUACUUCGAAUCUUUCUAGUACCUUGCAAGAAUACCAACUCGGAUUAUAAAUUCUUAUUAAAUCUUGGAGACAAAGA